CAUCAUCAUCGUCACGGUUAUCUUUAUCCUCGAUUUUCGACACUCUCGAUCUCGUCUCCUCAUCUCAAUCCCUUCCCCUAUAUAUAACCUUCAUCUCCUUUUUUAUCACCAUUACCAGUCUCUCAAACUUAUCAGAACUUGCACUUGCUAUCAGGACAGCCAAUCUUCGCAGCAAUGGCGAGAGACCCUGUUAGAGUUUUGGUCACUGGUGCUGCUGGGCAAAUAGGCUAUGCUAUUGUCCCAAUGGUUGCGAGGGGGGUCAUGCUAGGCCCUGAUCAGCCAGUAAUUCUGCACAUGCUUGAUAUUGAACCUGCAGCUGAGGCCUUGAAAGGGGUGAAAAUGGAAUUGAUUGAUGCUGCCUUUCCUCUGCUCAAAGGAGUUAUUGCUACUACUGAUGUUGUUGAAGCGUGUAUGGGUGUCAAUAUUGCGGUUAUGGUUGGUGGAUUUCCUCGAAAGGAAGGUAUGGAGAGGAAGGAUGUGAUGUCCAAAAAUGUAUCGAUUUACAAAGCUCAGGCUUCAGCCUUGGAGAAGCAUGCUGCUGCAGAUUGCAAGGUGUUAGUGGUAGCAAAUCCAGCAAAUACCAAUGCACUCAUCUUGAAAGAAUUUGCACCUUCAAUCCCAGAGAAAAACAUCACAUGUCUUACGCGACUUGAUCAUAACAGGGCAUUAGGCCAAAUCUCAGAAAGGCUAGAUGUUGAAGUUAGUGAUGUGAAAAAUGUCAUCAUAUGGGGAAAUCAUUCUUCAACUCAGUAUCCAGAUGUCAAUCAUGCAACAGUCAAAACCAGUAGCGGAGAGAAGCCUGUCAGAGAACUUGUUGCUGAUGAUAAAUGGUUAAACGGUGAUUUCAUCACCACAGUUCAGCAACGAGGUGCAGCGAUUAUCAAAGCACGAAAGCUAUCAAGUGCAUUAUCUGCUGCAAGUGCGGCUUGUGAUCAUAUACGUGAUUGGGUUCUUGGGACACCCAAGGGAACAUGGGUUUCUAUGGGAGUGUAUUCUGAUGGAUCUUAUGGGAUCCAGCCUGGUCUUAUUUACUCUUUUCCCGUUACAUGCGAGAAAGGAAAGUGGUCCAUCGUGCAAGGGCUCAACAUUGACGAGUUCUCCAGGGGAAAGAUGGAUGCAACAGCGAAAGAGCUAAUGGAAGAGAAAUCAUUGGCUUAUUCAUGUCUUAAUUGACAAUGUUCUUAUUUUUAUUUAGGAGAAUAAUGAAAGAGGCUCAACAGGUCCAAGAAUAAUGAAUUAAGAGACGACCAGUUUCCUUUGCAAUUUUAGACUAUGCAUGCUUCAUAGAGAAUGAGUUUCAUCUUAAAUUGAAAUUACUGUUUUCUUUAAGCAAAGUUCAAUACUCGAUGUUCAUGGUGGAUGGUGGUUGAUACAUUAUAAACCAUUUGACCUUACAGAUUGA